AUGUAGAAUCAUUAAGAAUAUUUAUAAAUCUAAGAAAACUACAUAAAUUUAACUCCAUAAAGAUAAAAGAAAGAACCUAUAAACUUAUAAAACGGAAUAGUUUAUGAAGGUUAAUGGUUAGGAAAUAAAAAAGACGGUUUUGGAAUAUAAACAUGGCUUGAUGGUGCAAAAUAUGAAGGCGAAUGGAAAAAUAAUAGAGCAUGUGGAAAAGGAACAUUUUAUCAUGCCAACGGCGAUAUUUUUGAAGGAAAUUGGCAAGACGAUAAGGCAUAAGGAUAUGGUACAUUUACACGUGUAAAUGGUUCUAAAUAUUCUGGAUACUGGAGUAAUGAUAUGUAGAACGGAUAUGGUGUAGAAUAAUGGUAAGACGGUAGUAAAUAUUAAGGUUAUUAUAAAGAUAGUAAAAAAAAUGGUUAAGGCACCUAUAUUUGGGCAGAUGGAAGUUCUUAUGAUGGAUCUUGGGUCGAGAAUUAAUUAGAUGGAUAUGGAAUAUAUAAAUGGAAUGAUGGAAGAAGAUAUGAAGGAUUCUGGAAAAAUAAUUAUAUACAUGGAAAAGGAAAAUAUACUUGGUAAGAUGGAAGGUAUUAUGAAGGGGAUUAUUUUGAAGAUAAAAAAUAAGGAUUUGGAAUUUAUAGAUGGGCAGAUGGAAAAAUUUAUGAAGGGGAAUGGUUUGAUGGAAAAUAGCAUGGAAAAGGUAAAUAUAUUUACACUUUUGGAGAGAUUAAAAAUGGAAUAUUUUAAAAUGGCAAAAUGGUUUAAUGCGACGAUGAAAAUAAUAACUUAAGAAAUACUAAUUGUAAUGUUAGUGAAAAAAAUAAUAAUAAUAGUAAUUAUGGUUAUAUAAAUUGA